UAUCUACAUUCGAAUUUUACAUUAUUUACUACUUACAUUAUUUAUUUAAACAUAAAUGAGAAACUACUGAAAUAUUUAAAGCUCAGUGCAAACGGCUACAAGCCUAGUACAAACGAUAAAAUAAGUUUAUUUCGCGAAAAAAAAUCACUUGUCGGCCAUCUGCAUACCAAUGUGGGCACGAGGGUGCCGAUACCUCCUCCAAGUGUCUACCUUUCAGCAAUCAGUUCUCGAAUUAUGGCGACAGUCGAUUGUCCACAUCCCGGUGAUCCUCAGGCGAUCAGGAUGUCCUCCAAACAGCUUAGGCAUAAAGCGCAGGAGUUCCUGGCAUCCAGGAAGCACGCGAACAACCUCGUAGAUAUUAUCAACCAGUUGGACGACUGCGGGACUUUGGGAAUUCUCACUCUGGAGACCAUCUUCUUGGAGCUGCUGAAGAGGGGAGAUAUGUACUUGGAGAGAACAAUAUCGCUGACUAUUUCAGAACCAAGCCCGGAAGUGCGAUAUACCACAUGGCUUCGAAACUGCUACGAGGAACUCUGGGAGAAGCUCCUGUCCUUCAUUUCCGUUUCCCGUCCUUCCCUCCAGCUGCAGUCCCUCUCCACCUGUCUGAAGCUCCUCUCUCAAGAAGGCAAAACCCCGACGGAGCCAACAGGUGACUUAUCCUACUACUUUCCCCUGCACCGUCUGAAGCCCCUGCUAAUGCGACUCCUGUCCCCUGACCGAGAUAACGCCUCCCUGCUAUCUCGUUUCCAAGAAAUAACCACCUACAGAGAUGCCCUCUAUUACACCUGGAAGUCCCUGCCACCAUUAACCCCAAAACGGCAGCCUCCAGACCUCUUUAUCAAGAAUCUCCUCGACCUGAUAGACAAAAUCCCCCUUCCCACCGAGGACGAGCCACCCCAAGAGCUUCUCUGUGGCCGCGAGGGCACCUGCACCUUCACCUGGGAUCAGCAAUCCGUGAGAAGAACUCUCAACAAAACUUGGUCCUGCAUAAUGCACUGGGAGCUAUCGCCCCAGCUUCACAAGCACCUUCUCAUCGUUCUCCUUGAGAGGAUAAUGCCACACCUGGAGAAGCCAGUGCUCCUCACCGACUUCCUCAUGGAUUCGCUCGACGCAGACGGCCCCAUUGGCCUCCUCGCACUCCAGGGGGUGUUCCUUCUCGUCACCAAGCACAAUCUCGAAUACCCCAACAUCUUCACCAAGCUCUACUCCAUGUUCGAGCCAGAAAUAUUUCACACAAAGUACAAAGCAAGGCUGUUCUACCUCUCAGACCUCUUCCUGAGCUCUACCCAUCUACCAGAGGCGCUCGUCGCAGCCUUCGCCAAGAGACUAGCCAGGUUGACACUCGUUGCACCCCCAGAGGACAUUCUCAUAAUUCUCCUCUUCGUUGGUAAUCUCCUGCUGAGGCAUCCUGGGCUUAAGAGGCUCAUCGAUCAUCCCAAGGGGGGAAUAGUCUGUGAUACUGACAAUCCUGGAGUGGGGGAUCCAUUUCUCAUGGAAGAGAGAGAUCCACUACUCAGCAAUGCACUCUCCAGCAGCCUCUGGGAGAUCAAAGCACUUCAAUUCCAUAUUUUACCGACUGUUGCUACUGCCGCUAGAUUCAUUAAUGAUCCCCUACCAUCGGUGGAGUACGACAUGGCCAGUGCUCUUGAGAGAACUGGGGGACAGCUAUUUGAUAAGGAGAUCAAGAAUAGAGUCAGGGAUAUAAUGCUUACGUUCGAGAGACCCAGCCUGGGGGUUGCAAACAAAGGAGAGAGGCUGGCGCAGUACUGGCAGCUCACCAUGCGUUGAAGAGAUGUGAGGCCAAUCAGUACUUGUUGGAUUCGUAGCGCCCAUCGUCGGUAGGAUGGGGUAGGUUUGGGGGCUUCAACGGGUACUCGUUGGCUCAGAACGGGGGGACAUGACCGGAGUUUGGAGGUUACAGGGAUACUGGGAAUUUUUCAAGGGGAGGCAGAUUGAGGUGAGAUUUUGCAUGAGCCGAAUAUGAAUGAUAUUUGGAUAAAAAGGAAUAGCUGAUGCAGAGAAAUUAUUUUAUCAGUCGUUUGUUCAUAAAAAGGAUAGAAAUUCAACAAAUUAUUAAUCCAGAAUAAUUUUUUAGGAAGGUAAAGAUUCGGUCUUUUCAGUAAAAAAUUUUCUGUUAAAAUAUUUUUCAUUUAAACCUGAAAUGGCCGUUAAAAAAAGAAUUUUUAUUUGUUUGAUAAUUCUGUUGACAUUCUAUUGAAAAUCUUGCACGUCUAUUCAUACUGAAAAUAUUUUGUAUUUAAAGGAAUAUAUGUAUAUAUAAAUAUAAAUUUCUCAAAGGUUUUUAGCUGCCUUUAGAGCUUCCUCUUCGAUAAAUUCUGGGAAAAAUACUUGUGAAAUAUUCGCCAACAAUGUUGAAUAUUGAAAAAAAUAGUCUCCAAACUUCUCGGUUCGCCUCUCCCCCAACUGAGAACUUUUGUUCCUUUUUCUUUGAAAUUCUUGCAAUUAUCGGAUAGCGAAGAUUUGUGUAUAGAUUUUUUUACUUUAAUUUUUGAAAAACUCACAGCAGUGUAUAUUCUAUUUGUGAGUAAACUUGAUCUAGAAAUUAUAUAAAACAACUGGAGGAUUAUUUUAUUAUUUUAACUGUUCGGUGAAUGAAAUUCUCCACGGAUUCCGUUAUUGCUUUCUUAAUUUCAAUCGUUAUUUUUUAAAAUGCCUCUAGGUAAUUAUAUUGCGGAGCGUUGACUUUCAUUAAUAUACGAUAAAAUAUCUACUGUGACUAAUGAAUUCAAGUAUAAUAUAGAUAGGAUCGUGAAUAAAUUGUCUAUUCACAAUUUCCUAAUUUGUAAAGCAUUUUUUUUCGUUUAUUUCUUCGUCUCCCAGGCAUAAAUAAUUUAUCAACAUAUUUCGCUAAUAUUUACUCUGACCGAAUAAUUCAAUUCCCCUGAGGAGAAUAUUUUUGUUGUUUUUGUUUUGCAUUCGCUCGACCCAUGAACCAUUGUAGACGAAAUGUGCCCAUCUACGUACGGAAAUGAUUUUGUUAUCGUGAAGAACUAGUCGAUAGUAUAUAACUGUACGUUUUUGGUUCCAGGGGAGUCUUAGUGAUGCACCUCUAGUGCCAAAAUAAAUUGAACACUUUUGUAUCUAUUAUUACAGUGAAUAAUAAUACACUUGUCAUUGAAAAA